CUUCGGGCUGCGAGCCUCGAGGGUGGCCGCCCCGCUGCCCGGGAGCCCCGGGCUGUGGGCUGGGAGUGAGCUGUCUACGAGGGAGGAUGCACUUCCUGCUUUACUCCGACCGCCCUCCGACAGCCCCAAGUCCGAGGAUUCGCUUUCUUUGCAGGCGUCGAGCGUAGUGGUCGGCGUAAGGGAAGGGGCACCGAAUUUGGAGUCUGGUGUCCUGGGAGGAGGCCCUGCUGUUGGCAGGACCUGAGAUCGUUUGUAGACCGUUCACCGCAGCCUCGAUUGCCCUGUCUGAAAAAUGGAGAUAGCAGUCUUGGCCCUAGCCCGCUUUCCAGGGUAGAUGUGGGGUUCAGCCCGAGUGAUAGACGCAGCGGGAGCUUUGCCCUGUGAAGCAGGGUUGGAGUACAGCCUUACCACCCUCCCGCCGCCAGUCCAGGUAAGGCUGCUGUCUAUCAGAAGGAACUUUUGGGCAGAUUGCCUUGAGACACAGUUUCUCUGCAUGUUGCAGAGUUUUAAUAUUCAAAAAAUAGAUGUCACUUGUGUGAUUGAGGUGGUGCCAUGCAGCAGGAAGCUGAGAGAUGCAGAGUCCGAGCCAGAAGGCCCGACAUGGCACUUUAUGUUCCUAAGGCUCGGAGGGGUGCAGUACUCCUCAAGAGAGAUGAUGAGGAAAAAAGCUGUGGUCCUCCUAACUCUGUGGUGAGAGAGGAGGAAAAAGACAGUUGUCUGUCCCAAAAGGAGACCUUUAAAAAGCCUGAGGCUCACAGACUCAGUAUUAAUUCUCACGGGAAGGAGCGUAAUUAUAGGGAGGGAAAGAAAUCUUCAACAAAAUUAAGAAAAGACAUUCGCCUUCAAAAAAGAAACGAAGAUAGGAUUUGUACUAAAUGGGGAACCACAGAAUCCAAAGAGGUAUUAUCCCAAGGACAUCAAAGAGUCCCAGAUGCUGGGAUCGUACCCAGUGUGCCUUUACAAAGACAUUCGAAACCAAAGAAGUUGGAGUGCUUGGAGGCUGGAACUACGAAUGUGACAGGACACGAGAGGAUGCUUCUGUCACAGUCUUGUUCAGAAAUCAGUGAGACUGUGGUUCUGAAUGAGCCAUUCCAAGAUAAGGAAUUAUCUGAUUUUGAUAGACAUGAACUUACUGGGGAAACAUUUGGAGACACAGAUUUGGGAAGCACAGUGGAAACUGAUGGCGAGGUUGGAGAAGUAGUAUCCGAGUUUCCCAGAGUUUUCAGUUCUGUCUUGAAGCCUGAGAGUAUGAUUUCACCAGGAAAGCAGAGCUCUGAUUCUGGAAUUGUGGAACAAGGCACACAUGCAUCAGAUGGAAUGUUGAAGCUUAGCAAUGCAGGUGUCACUGCCGUUUCUGUUCCUGGAAGUCCAGAUGGUGUCAUUGAUCAAAUUCGUGUAGACUUUGCAGCAGAGAAUGUCAGUGACAGAGCCAACAGUCCAGGUUUCAUGUUGGAUGAGAAAGGUAUGGCUUCCAUUCCUGAGACUGUGCAUCACAUCUCUCCUGAAAUGACUACAGCUCUCAGCAAAACUGAGAACACAGAUGGCAUUGUUGAUCCAGCGGUGAUUAGAGAGUGCGAGAAGAAUGACAGCACUGCCAGUGAGUUAAGUAUAAAGUAUGAACCUUCUGAUAGCACUGUCCUUGCUCACAAGGCAGAAACAGAUAAUGGGCUGAAGAGUGAGGGUGACAUCACCAGUAAGGCAUGUUCGAUGGACGUGACAGCUGCCACGUGCGAUCCUAUAACCGUUGGCAGCCCUUACCUAGUUGCAGUUAGAAUGGCCGAUGAGACCUGUAGCAAUGCAAGUAGUUUCUCAAAAUACAUAGGAAUGAGUACAGAUGCGGCCCCUCUUCGUGUUGCUCAAAGUGGGAAUUACACUGAAAAUAACAGCACUCUGACUGCUUGCUCAGAUGUUUGUACCGAGAGUAUUUCACCUGGUUUUACAGCGUCAACAGGAAAGUUGAUAGAGAGCUUGCCAGUUUGUGCUUCUUCCUUACCUAUAAAGAAGAUUGCUGGUAGUAAUUGUAACACUUUUUUGGACUCUGAACUCAGUAUGGUAAAUGAGAGAAAAGUACUUUCGGACAGUGCCUUGGGCAAAGAUCUGGAUAAUACUGGUGAUAUAACAGAGGCAUUGCAUGAACUAAGACUUGCUGAAGAGUUCAAAACAGAAGAGAAAGAUGACUCCGAGAAUACAGAGUUUGGUGUAUCCUUUCCUGAUAGAGAAUCAUUAUCUAUAGAAGCAUCCAUAGAACUGAAAGCAGCUGAUGCUUCUCACCCGGAGGAAGGUACUGCGACUGAGGAGACCUGGGAAUCUAUGUUUAAUGAUGAUGGCGACUGCCUGGAUCCACGUCUUCUACAAGAGUUAUCAGGGAAUAUGAAGAACAGAGAAAGUAUCCAGGAACCUAGAUUUGAUUAUUAUAGCCAUGAAGUUCCUGAUAUUGACCUCAGUGAUUGUGAAUUCCCACAUGUCCUUGAAAUUUAUGACUUCCCCCAGGAAUUUCGUACUGAAGACCUUCUACGGGUUUUCUGCAGUUACCAAAAGAAAGGAUUUGAUAUUAAAUGGGUGGAUGAUACACAUGCCCUAGGAGUAUUCUCCAGUCCGAUUACAGCUCGUGAUGCUCUGGGUAUUAAACAUACCAUGGUGAAGAUCCGGCCCUUGUCGCAGGCCACAAGAGCAGCCAAAGCCAAAGCUAGAGCUUAUGCGGAGUUCCUCCAGCCAGCGAAGGAGCGCCCUGAGACUUCAGCAGCCCUAGCCAGAAGGUUAGUCAUUAGUGCCCUUGGGGUUCGAAGUAAGCAGAGCAAAACAGAACGGGAAGCAGAGCGCAAGAAACUGCAAGAAGCCCGAGGAGGAAGACAUUUCAGGAUUUUUCUGCCCAUUGUACACAUCCUAACCCAUGUUCCUGCUGUUUUCCAAGAGAUAAGUUUGGCCUUGUCGGCUUAUCCAUGGCUUUUUCUUAAGGUUUUGCUUCCAACUCUGAGAAAAACUAUUCUUUGAAGAUGUAAUCGUCUCCCAGGCGGAAAACAUUAUUAGCUGUGGUUUUACUGGGCCAUGACUGCCACGAUGUUGCCAUGAUGUUAUCAAAUGGUUUAGAUCUUAGGUAAAAGACAAAUUAAGGAAAAGCCAGCAACUGACAUUGAUGAUGAUAACAGCAGGAGGGAUUUUUGUCUUUUUAAGACAGUCCUGAGUGGCUUCAUUAGAGUACAUCUAGAUUCACCUGUCUUCUGAUUAGUUCCCACUAUCUAAGAGUUCUCAGAACAUAUUCCCACUGAUUCACAAGCAGGAUUUUUCUUUUCUUAUAGUUUAGAGUCAAGGUUAAAAUCUCUCUCGCCCCUUUAUAGACUGUUGAAUUGUAUGUACGGGCUUGGGAUCCUGGCUUGGCACUUACGUACUUUUUAUCAACCUUCAGGCUUCAGACAGUCUCAUUGCCUUAGUCCACGAUCUGUGGAAUCGGUGAAGGCAAUUUAUUCUGAAAAUUCCACUUACCGAAAAGUAUCUUCAUUUUUCCAUUAAACGAAUUGAAGUUUCAAAGUCCUUGUUUAUUGUCGGUCUAACAAGGCCAUUAAUACUCCCUGCCCACUCUGCUUUGGUGAUAGCAGGCAGCUCGCGGACUCUCAGCUGCACUGGCCAGAUAACCAGUGACAGAGUACGUCAUGGCAGGUGUGGCGGCUCAGAGUUGAACUCAACUAAUUAUCGGAACCUUAAUGAUUAUAAUGAGGCAGUUUUUUUUUUCUUUUCCAGUGCAUUGUUCAUUCAAAGGUCUAUUAUACCUAUAGAAGCAGAAGAGGGUUGCUUUAGUUUUUGUAAAUGAGAAUAAUGGAACUAGGCUAAAGAAUGUGCAGUGUGUCCUUGACCCUUUAUUAACUGCUUAUCCCCGAGGAAAAUGAUUUCUAUGUGAUAACCACAAUUAUCUCAGAAGAUCAACAGAGGGUAAUAACUGGUAUUUAUAAAAGGAGAUAGGGCUUCUUUUGCAGUGUAGCCGCUUUCCCACGAGCGGAGGAGCACCCGUAUCUCCACAGGUAUUGCAGGAGCUCUGCACGGCUGUCAUCUGAGUAGGCCCCUGUUUCUCUGUAGACACAGCAGCACGCAGCUCCACUUGAAGUAUUUGUUUUAAAUGCCUAGCCAUUCAGUGAUGUAACCAAAACUGAGACUGUGGGCCAAGUGGGUGCACCAUCACUUUUCUAAGGCAGGCCUUUGUGACUAGAGAUCCAUUGUGAUAAAUGCCUUCUAUCAGUCAGUGCUGAGGACUGCCUUAUAUGGGUCAUAGAGGACUCUUCCUUUAUUAUUCUUCAGAGCUUUUUUGCUCUUCAUAUCUGAGAAAAUGCACAUGGAAAGCUUCCUGAUGUAUCUCUGUCUGUAUUGCUUGCCUGCAGCCCAAGGCUUCUCUCUUACAGAUUUUGUUUUGUCUUGUUUUAUGGAAUUAAAAAUACUGCUUAGGUAUUAAGAGAAUAGAUAUUUUGUUUCCCCCCAAAAGUUUUUUUUUUUUUUUUUUCCCUUGGACAGGAUAGGAUCAGUACAGCAUAGUGGAUUACAUUAUAGACACUGGAAUCAGACCUUCUGGGUCCAUAUCUUAGCACAGCCACUUACUGGCUAUGUGACCUCAGGCAAUUUGCUUACUCUCUGAAGGCCUCUGUUUCCUCAUCCAUAAAAUGGAAAUCAAAUGAGAUAUGUUGGCUGCUGAUGUUUUUAGUAAAAAUAGUAACAAUAUCAUUAUAGGUUAAUCUACCACAGAUUCCAGUGCAUUUUUUAAUUACUCUUUUUGUUUUAAAAUUCUUGUAAAAUAUUUUAUCAGCUUCAUUUGGCAAUAAAGAUUACUGUGCAAAAUCUUGUGCUCCCUAUUUUGAAGAAUUAGUGAGUUGGUAGGAUUUUGUUCCUCCCUUAAGACUUAACAUCCAGGAACUGGGCAUCAGCAGAUGGCAUGAUGGUUACAUCACUGGACUUGCACAUGGUCGACUGCAGUUUGAGUCCUGGACCUGUGUCAGCUUGUGGCACAGUGGUAACGCAGUGGUGCUGGAACCCUGUGGAGAAGUCCCAGAUGCACGGCCUGAGGCCUCCCUGUACACACCAGGCACACUUGUGUCUGACUCAGACUGGCCGAGGCUGGAAGAGGAUCACGGCAUAAAGAUUCUGUCUCUGUCUCUCUCAUGGGCGAAAUAAAGGAACUUUUAUUUUUUCCUUAAAGACAAUCUAGUGGGGAUAUUUGCUUUGGGUAAGGAAGAAAAUCUGUAUCCGUUUUAGAUACUUUAAACAAUUGUUUCUUCUCUCCCUUCAGUUCUCAGGAUUUUAAAGUUUGGGUUGAUUAAAAGGACGAGAAGGAGGGCCUCCUCUUGACAUGGUGGUUAGGGCAGCUGGAUCGCACAUGGCCGACUGUACAGUUUGAGUGCUGGACCCAGUAGCUUGAAAAGCCUGUCAUAUGUGUAUAUUUGUGUGCCCGAAAUCCUGAAAGGAGGGAGUAAUGGAGAAGAGAUUGUGGUAUGACUGCUUGCCAGGGGAGUGUUUUCUACAUCCCCUAUCUCCAGUGAGUGCAUGCACCCUCUGGCAAAUUAAAAAAAAAAAAAGACUGGAAGGAAACUCCAGGCAGUGGGUGUAACCUGUUAAAUGAUAAUGGAUAGAAUGAUAUUAUCUCCUGUUUAGAGCGAGCCCAGAGAAAUUAAAUAACUGCCCUAAGGUCAGUCACGCCACUGAUAAACUGAGAGGACAGAUCUGAAUCUCGGCUUCUUAAGUCUCCAGAGAACGAACUAUGGCAGGCUUCUUUUUAGCCAUUUUACCAAUGGUUAGUGGCUUUCACUAUCAGAAAAAUCUUUUCUUAGUUCUAACUUGAAUUUGCAUGAUAGUUUAAACCUGUUUCCUCUUUUUUUUCUUAGUAAAGAUUGAGAACAUCUGGAUACCAUUCUGUAUCUUUUACUAUAAAGAUCAAGGGCAAUUGUUUAGGAAUGAGGGAAUCUGGGCUCUAAUAGAGAUUUUGCUAUUAACUGGCUGUGUGGCCUGGGCAAGAAAGUUAUGCCUCUUUGUGCCCCAGUUUCUAACAUAGUGAAAGUAAUGCUUGACCUGUAUAGUCAUGAGAAUGCUUCUGAGCACAACAUAAGUUAACAUGAAUAAAAAUAUUUAGAAAGCUGCCUUACAAAUUCAGGGUACUAUUCUUUAUGUGACUCUUGGGGAUUUAGUCUUAAUUAUAGUCUGAACUGGUACUGACACACAUACUGUGGCGCCCCAUCCAUUACACAUGGCAGAUACGAUCUGUAUACCAUCCCAGUAUAGGUAUUUUUAUUAAUAGCAUUAUAUAAUAAUCUCCUAACUAGCUGUUCUUUUACCUACUUAAAGACUUUUGCUGUCUGGCACAGUGCCCAGGACAUAAAAAGAUACUCAAUGUGUGUUCAUUGACUGAAUGUAUGAAUGAAUCGAUCACUUUAAUUUUUCUUCAUAAAUUUAAUUCAUGACUGUAUUCUGAAUGCUUUUGAAGUCUGUUCUAGUCCAUGCUAUAGGUCAUAACAGAGAACACCAGGAACUGGGUGAUUAUUAGAGUAGAUAGAGGUUUAUUCAGCUCACAGUGUGGAGGUCCAAAUUCCGGGGCCACGUUUGGUGAGGGUGUUCUGCAUUACCACAUGGUGGGGGGCAGAAAUGCAUUCAUCUAUGUCCGUGUGUCUGUGUCUUAUCCCUUCUCCUUAUAAACCGCCAGGUUUGAGUUAUGGAGGCCCUGCCCUAAUAAACCUCAGUUCUUAUCUCCCAAAGGCCUUUCCUUUCAACACCAUAGUCAGAUUCGGUUUUCACUCUCUUAAUCCCAUCACAACCAAAUCUCAAUACAUGGAUUUGAGGAGGGCAUUCAGAUCAUAGCAGUAUCUUCCCUCUUUCCCCAAUCCCCCAUAAAAUCUAGAGUCGAACACUAUAUAUGAAACCCUCCUCAUUAAUGAAUGUAGAAUUUGUGAGUUUGGGUUUCAGAUAUUUUCCUACUAGGUUUUUCACCCUAUUUGAUCUCCUUAUUGAUUGAUUGAUUGAGAUUUUUGCAACAUAAUGUGUGCUGUUGCCAGAAAGACAGAGAGAGAAAGCGAGAAAACACUCCCAGGGGGAUGGCCACGCUGCAAUCCCUUCUCCUGUCAGGAUCUUAGGCACACACAACACA